CACAUUCAUUACCUAUUGCCUUGAACCACCUUUCCCAACUUACCUGAUCCUCGGCCGCGGGGCCUUCACUGUCUCUUUGGUCCCGCUGUGUGUCUUGGGAACAAGGGACGUGACGCACACUUCUCUCUGCUGCAGGCGUCCUUUACCUUUACCCAGCACAACCGACCCCGUCCUACCCCACGAGUCCAUCCAUCUUGUCUAACCCAUGACAGCCCAUUCGGCGAAGACAAAGUAGCACCGGGCCUGUUUCACUCCCUUCCACCAUCUGUUAUAACUGCUUGAAAAGCACAUACUCCGUGGGCACCCAACCUACGUCCCUCUGCUCUCCCGUUUCGACGCUUUUGCCGGCGCACGAGGGCGAAGAAUACCCACAUUGUCUCGUUGCGCUACCGCGAUACCAUACCUACUUUAUCCACCUACCAUCCAUAUCACUCUCCUCGGGCACUUGUGGCCCGGCGGCUACGCCGCUUCGCUUCCAGCGCCAACCGUCAGUCGAAAGGCUUGGCUCUCGUCUGCAUCGUUUCUUUCGCCUUCACGAUACCUUCCAACAACAGUACUUGACUGAGACUCGGAACCGAGUGGCCACUCUCCAACUGUGGGGACAAGGUACUCACUCGCUCGCUCAUCUUCCGCUGCGCCGCAGAAUCACAGACGCUGGACGAUGCAGCACGUUGGCGGCGAGAGACUGAUGGAUUAAAGAGCCGCCUCGCAUCCCCAAUCUCACUCGCAGCACACUAGCAUCUACUAGGAUGGACUCCGCCGACGUGGUACUUGAGGACGGCAAGUCCCCGACCAAGAGCUCUGACAACAAUGAGGACAACGGAAACGACGACCCGAACCGCAAGAAGGCGAAUGUGAGGAAGAGGACCAAGACGGGCUGUCUCACUUGCCGGAAGCGCCGCAUCAAAUGCGACGAGGGACGCCCCAUUUGCAGCAACUGCAUCAAGUCCAAGAGACACUGCGAGGGUUACAACCAGCGCGUCAUCUUCAAAGACCCCAUCGCAUCAUUCAACCUCAAUGGUGUCUACGGUCCCGUCGUUUAUCCUCCCGAGUCAUCAAGCUCGCCAUUUCAGAGUAUUCCUAACCCCCCACCAAAGUCGUCUAAUGGUCCUCCUUUGGCCCCAAUAGCCCCCAAGCCACCGCAGCAUCCGGACUUUCAAGGUCAGCCGAUGCUUCACUAUGGCCACGGUUUCCCGGGUCAGUUUCAAGGUCAAAUACCGCCGGCGGCCUUCGACUUCAACCAGUUUCCGCACGGAGAGCAUCACAUGCACUCGAGCUCGUCUGUCAUUUCGCCGGCCAGUCAAUUUCGGGGGCAGUUUGGUGACAAUCGGAGUAACCUUGCCAGUCCGAUUACGGAUAACGGCCCAUUUGUCCAUAAACCGGCAGGGCCAUGGAGAGGACAGCCGACCGCAGGCCUUACGCGAGCGGAGGUCUUCUCCGAUCACAACGCCGCCGCUCGGACGGAUCAAGCAACCGAGGACGCGGAGAUAGAAUAUCUGUACUCGGACGACGACGCAUCCAUGCCCGACUCGGACGACGCUUUCGACGAUGCGAUGGGCGAGGAGAGCGCCUAUGGUCAGUUAGUCCAGAGCCGCAACGACGGGCCCUGGGACGGGUUUGGAACCAAGAUGAGAUCCUUCUCCGCCUUCGCCGAGGAAACUAUCCUCACGUCGUACAUCCCCACGCCCAACAACUCGCCACUGAACGACGAGCGAACAGCAGCCUUGUUCUGGCACUUUAUUAACGUUACGGGGCCAAGCAUGUCUCUGUACGAGAGGCAUCCGUUCGAUCACUCGAAGCUGACAAACAACUUCUCGGUGCCCAAGGCCGGGCAUAACAUCUGGACCUACACUUUCCCCAUCAUCUCCUUUAACCACCCGGCGCUCCUUCAGGCGAUGCUCGCUCUGGGUGCGUUGCAAAUAGCCAAGCUUCAGAAGAUCCCCCCGACAGCGGCCAUGAAGUACUAUCACCUCGCCAUCCGCAGAAUCGCAAGGAAUUUGCGGAGUCCCAAGAGGAGAACGCAACCUGCUACUCUAGCAGCCUCCCUCUUGCUAGGAUACUUUGAAGUCUGGAACUCGGACCACACCAAGUGGUGCAACCAUCUGUUUGGGUCCAGGCUCCUGAUCAGGGAGAUCCCCUUCAGGCAGAUGACCAAGAACAUACUGCCGCUGAAGAGGGCCAGGCGGGCGCUGUUCCAAGAGAGCCAGAACCAACCGAUGGACCCCUUUUUCAUGGGUCACGACAACACGCACAUGAUGAGCCACGACCUAGACGACCUCGACCUCGGCCUUCUCAGCAAGCUCACGAAUCAGCAGGUUUCGUACGAGGACGAUGAGCCGGCGACUGGUAACUUGUAUACGGAUCGGGAUAUCGAACACUACGAACAUCUUCGGGACUUGUAUUGGUGGUACUGUAAGAUGGACGUCUACCAGAGCAUACUGGGUGGAGGAAAGCCAUUUAUGGACUACCAGCACUGGACCCAGUGUCCACCACGAGCGCCGAUGGGCCGGCUCGAGGCCAUAUAUGGGACGUACGACCACCUGAUGCUGCUGCUCGGGCGUUUGUGCAGCUUCGCGGCCAAGGAUCUACCCAGAAAACGGAAAUCGUUCAAGGGUUUCGGACCUCCUCCAGGCGGUGGGCGACCCGGAGGGCCACCGGGAGGGGGGCCGCCAAAUGUUGGUGGGCCACCGGGCAGAGGCCAGGGGUGGCCCCCACCGGGGAUGGCAGGUGGAAUGCCCGGCGGCGGGCCUCCCGGAGGACCCCCGAUGGGCAUGCCACCCCCGGGUAUGAUGAGAGGGCCGCCGCCGGGUGCGAUGCCCGGAGGCAACGGCGGGUCGCCUCCCAUGUUCCCCGGCAUGCUUCCGAACCUUGGAAAGGUGACACUACCAAUGGGCUUCUCCCCGCCGCGGGACGACUCCCCACCACCGCCGGGCGAGGAAGUGCGGGAAGACCUCGACUCCGACAUGGCAGCAGACGCCGCAAUGCGCGAGUGGGAGUCCCUGCGCGAGGCGUUUGAGAUACUCCGAUCACGGUUCGGUCCGGAGUUCCAGCCCCUGGGCGCCGAAUACGCCGAUCGCAGAGACUCGCCGUUCGGCUCGACGCUGCAGUACCGCACCUUUUCCGUAGCGGGCAUCUGGAUGAACUACUACAUGGGCCUGAUUCACCUGUACCGCGCGCACCCCAAGAUGCCGCCCGCCGCUAUGAUCGCCGCGGGCAUCCAGGCGCAACACACGGUCAAGUUUGCCAUCGAGAUUGGGCGGAUCGCGGCUGGGUUGACGGACGACUGUGCCAACGUCGUCGAGAUCAGUACUCUCGUCGGCGCCGCGCUGAUUGAGAGUUCCUUCUGUCUCUUUGUUGGCGGGAUCCAGUACCAAGACAACGCCCAACGGCAAUGGAUCGUCAGGUGGAUGCACGACAUUGCCCGGCUCACCGGGUGGCAGUCGGCAAGGCAGAUCGCCGAGGGCUGUGAGUCCGGGUGGAAGAAGGCGGCCGCCAUGGGCCGGGGCCCGCCGUACACGCGCGACCCAAGCCUGCAGACCGUGGUGCCGCAGUCCGUGUGGACGAACCCGCGCAGGAUCGGGGCCAGGCUCGAGCAGCUCGACAGCGACGAUACGAUGCUUGUCGUGGCCAAGUCCGAGAGGGCAUUUUACGCUCUCGGGCUGCUCAGCGUCGAGCAGGAGCUGGAGAGGCUGGUCAUCAAGGACGAGGGGUGAACGCCUUCCUUCCCCCCUUUCGUGGCGAGUUCGUACUUGCGUGUGGAGAUCGGGGAUUUGUACGUCAUCGCAAGAGGCGUUUUCGGAAUUACACAAACAAACAAAAGUCGGAUCAAAAGACGGCGUUGUCGUUGAGACAGGCCACGCCAGCGACAAGAGCGAGAGAAAACAUGCUCUACAGAAGCCAUCACGUUGAGUACAUUAAUGAUACACCU